CGCUGAAUCCCGGACAGAUGCGCGUCCGUCCAGCGAGCCGCCGCAGCGCGCUCACAUCUGGACGACACUGACCAAGCGAGGACACACGCUCCGCACGCCCGUCGCCCUCUUCUGUGCCAUGCACACACACUCACAUGGGCACGGUGUGCGCGCAAACCGCGGCGGCAUUCUGCGGAAAUAAAAGUUCCCAGGGUGGUGAACAUUGUUAGCACCCCAUCACGUCCACCACCAGCCUUCCACCCCCCCUUUGCAGGACAGCCACACCAACACCAGCCUCCACCAUGGAGAGCCUGAGCGAGCUGCAAAACCCAUUGCUGGACAAGAACAGCAAGCAUGUCGUCAAGGGGGACUAUGGCUACCAAGGAGAUUUUCCCAGCAACCAAUACCAGGAGAACAUCAUUAACUACUUUGUGGCCAGUGGUGGUGGUGCCAAAGCCAAAGCCCAGCUGCUGGAUGCCACGUCAUUGCACCUAGCCGUGGAGGCCUUCUACAGGCCCAACUUCAUUCUCUACAAGGACGACGUCAACGUCAAAGGCAAGGAUUACAAAAGUGAGUGCUGCGAGACAACCUUCACAGAGACAAAGGAAUCUCCGGCUGAGAGCACCACAAUUGAUGACCCGCAGGCCAAACUACUCGGGGAGAAUGAUGUGAAGAUCCAAACCGUGUCCUAUGAGGUGGAGGAGGAGGAAUACCAUGAAUACGAGAGUGACUGCUCCACCGACAGUGAAAGUGAGGACAACUUCGUCAUGAUCCCCCCGCGGGACCACCUGGGCCUGGCCAUCUUCUCCAUGCUCUGCUGCUUCUGGCCCCUGGGCAUUGCUGCCUUCUACUUCUCUCAGGGGACUAGCAAGGCCAUCGCCAAGGGAGACUUCCCGCUGGCAAGCACAGCCUCACGAAGGGCCCUGUUCCUAGCCGCACUCUCCAUCACCAUCGGCACUGGGGUCUACGUGGGUGUGGUGGUGGCCCUCAUCGCCUACUUGUCCAAAUCGGGGCAUGUAUAGUGCCUGGCCAUGUGGGCUCCAGUCGGCGGCCAGCCAAGAUGCGCUGUUGCAAAAAACUGCAACACGCCUCUGUCUCCUCCCACCCAUCGUCCAGCUGUCGCUUCGGAUUAGCAAGGAAAACACAAAGAAUGGGUAAAAGGAGGGGGGGCAGGAAUCAUUUGCUGAAAUGUUACCCUAACAAAAGGAUAUAAAUCACACUCUCAUUGAUCUGGGCUGCAUCUUGCCGUCUUAUUACCCAAGUCCUGAUAAGUCUUUUAACUCCAUUUUCUAAUGUACAAAGCUGAUGCAAAAACAGGGGGCAAAGACUGGGAUACUGGCUAACCAAUUAUCAGUACUCCUAGGGAGCCACAGCACUUGAUGCCUGGAAGGA